UGCGUAGUCGAAUAAUGGCAACAUAAACAAACCAAAUGGCUAAGGCUGGUAGUUGUUUAUUUCGAAUAGGGUACUUCAUAUAUGCAAAAACAAGGAUUGGCUAUUAUUAUCACCAAAAUGACAUUAAGAAAGCAAAAGAAAAACUUGGAAAUAGUGGACAUUCUGAGUUAACAGAAUUUAAUUUUGGUGCUUUAAGUAUACUGCCGAUUCCUAUGUUAUUAGACAACUACGCCUAUUUGGUUACAGAUGCAAAAAAUAAUAAAUCAGUUCUUAUAGAUCCAGGGCAUUCAGAAGCAACUCAAAAAGUUCUGUCACAAAGAAACAUCCGUCCUGAUGCAAUACUUGUAACCCACAAACACUGGGAUCACAGUGGUGGUAACAGAGAAUUGAGGCAGCAUUUCCCAAAUAUUCCUGUGUAUGGAGGAUCUUUAGACAAUGUGCCAGAUAGCACGCAUGUCAUUUCAGACCAACAAAUUUUGGAGUUUGGAGAUCUAAAAUUCCGUGUGAUUUUUACUCCAGGCCAUACUGUUGGUCAUGUGGUCUAUGUUUUAGAUGGGAGCGUCUUUGCUGCAGCUGAUAGUUUGUUUUCCGGCGACUGUCUAUUUUUAGGAGGUUGUGGGCGCAUCUUUGAAACAGCUCCUUCAAUUAUGCUGCAUUCUUUAGACAAGCUGAUGUCGCUAAAUGAGGAUACACUGCUGUGGCCAGGACAUGAAUAUGCAAAAGACAACUUAAACUUUGCAAGUGUUUUGGAGCCAGACAAUAGCACACUGCAGAAAAAAUUCGAAUGGGUACUAAGCCAGAGAGAGAACAAUUUGUGCACUUGUCCAUCAACCAUGAGAGAAGAAAAAGCUUACAAUCCAUUUCUGCGUACAUCAGAAAAGGCUGUGCUACAAUCCAUUGGAAUGGUUGAUAGUGGAGACUUUACAAAACCUACAGAUGAUAUCAGAUCAAGAGCUCUUUCUCUUAUAAGAGAGCAAAAAGAUAAAUUUAAAUAUAAACUUUAAUCUGUGUGUGAAAUAAAACUUUAUUAGAGAGCAAAAUCAUAAAUUUAAAUAGAAGACUUAUCCAUGUGAAACAAAUCCCUAAUUGAUAGUGCAGAGUAAAACAAUUAAUCUUAAAUUUAAAUCUGUGAUAUGAAAUAUACAUUUUGAAAAAAAAAUCAUUUCCAUUUUUAGUAUCUUUUUUUACAAAUAAAAGCACAAUUGUGUUCAUUUCAGCA